UGUUUUUAUGUUGCUGGUCUUGCAUUUGAUGUAGCCCCUGUUCCCAGCACAUAGCUUUAGGACUUUCCUUUUUUUUAUGUUCUCAAGUAGGGAUUAAAUGAGUCCCAGCAAUAAAGCUGGAUGCCUUCAGCCCAGACUUCUCCCCGUAGGAGUCUAGCUCUGCUUUUUUAAUCUGACAGUGUUUGACUUACUGGGGCUGUUAAUUUCACUUACCCAACUAUUACAUUGCUCUGGGGGAGAACCUAACAUCUUUUCUAAAUAUGGUCCUCCCAGUGAGCUAAUGUUACCGCUGCAGCACCACGACAGAGGAGCACAAGAGCUUUCAAUUAUAAAGCUGCAAAACAGUAGCUGUUCUUCAGCCAAUGCUGCAAUAAAAGCACAGCUCUGGGUAAGCGGAAAAACUUGAUCUCUCUGCAGGCGUGUUGGAUGCAUUGACCAUGUGCAUUCUUAACCCAUCAGUCUGAAACGCUAUGAAAUGUACCUAAUUAACUUACACCAUUGAUGGGCAAGACCAGGAGUCUUUGGAGUCUCUACUCAGCCGAAGUAUAACAAUAAGGGACUUUAGUGCAAUGUUACAGUUCUUUAAUAGAAGUGCUGUUUGACCAUGCUGGUUAUUAAAUGCUUCUCAGAGCUAUGGAAAGUGUACUGGCUGCACUGGUGUCCCUGUGUUCAGCUGUGCUGUGCAGCCUCUUUUAUAGCCAGAUGUGUAACAGCAACUGUUAGAAUGUGGCAGAUCAGAACUAGUGUGUGCCAUAAACUCUUGGAGACCUGUUGUAAAAGAUGGAGAAACAUAGGGGUGCUUAUGCAUGCAUCUGCAUUAUCCGAUAUCAAACCUCAAAGCUGGCAUGAUGCCAGAUAGAGAGGAGCUUUGAGGUGGUAAGUAAGAGUCUGGCUGUAUGACUAUGGCCCCUUACCAGCACUGGCAUCCAAGUGCUUUAAUGAAGAGCAACUGAAACAAAGAACAAAAUAAAAAAAUCCUGUUGGCAGUGCAUAAUUGCACAAUAAGCCUGUCUAUCAAACAGUUUCCAUGUAUGCUGUUUUUAUAUACUGUACUUUACAAGGCAGUUUAAUUGCUCCCUGUGCUGUGUCGUCUUUGGAAUGAGAGCUACUUCAGGAGAGUGGAAAACCAAAUACAGAGGACUACUGAUGUACUUUUUACUUGAAUUUCUCAUAAGCGACCGUGACAGAGACCCUCAGUGUAACCUGCAUUGCUCCAGGUCCCAGUCCAAACCCCUCUGUGCCUCUGAUGGCAGAACAUACGAGUCAAUGUGUGACUACCAGAGAGCCAAAUGCCGGGAAUCAAGUCUGAGCGUGACACAUCGUGGCCGGUGCAAAGAUGCUGGCCAAAGCAAGUGUCGAUUAGAGAGAGCUCAGGCACUGGAGCAGGCAAAGAAGCCCCAGGAAGCAGUCUUCAUCCCAGAAUGCAAUGAGGACGGAUCAUUCACACAGGUGCAGUGCCAUACCUACACUGGAUACUGCUGGUGUGUGACACCUGAUGGCAAGCCUAUUAGCGGCUCUUCCGUACAGAACAAAACUCCUGUAUGUUCAGGUUCUGUAACUGAUAAACCAUCAAGCCAGGGUAAUUCUGGGAGGAAAGUUUCUUUUCGAUUCUUUUUAACCCUCAAUUCAGAUGACGGUUCGAAGCCAACACCUACCAUGGAAACCCAGCCGAUUUUUGAUGGAGAAGAAAUCACAGCACCCACCCUUUGGAUUAAGCACUUGGUCAUCAAAGAUUCCAAAUUGAACAGCUCCAAUAUAAGGAAUUCAGAGAAAGUUCACUCCUGUGACCAGGAAAGGCAGAGCGCCCUGGAGGAGGCCAGGCAGAACCCCCGCGAGGGUAUCGUCAUCCCUGAGUGUGCACCUGGAGGGCUCUACAAACCAGUGCAGUGCCACCAAUCGACUGGUUACUGCUGGUGUGUCCUGGUGGACACGGGACGUCCCCUGCCUGGCACUUCCACGCGCUACGAGACCCCAGUGUGUGAAAGCGAUGCCAGAUCAAAGAGCACAGAGAUUGAUGAUCCAUUCAAGGACAGAGAACUUCCAGGCUGCCCAGAAGGGAAGAAAGUGGAAUUUAUUACCAGCUUACUUGAUGCUCUGACUACGGACAUGGUACAAGCUAUUAACUCGGCAGCACCUACUGGGGGUGGGAGGUUCUCCGAGCCAGACCCCAGCCACACGCUGGAGGAGCGAGUGGUACACUGGUACUUCAGUCAGCUGGACAACAACAGCAGCAAUGACAUCAACAAGCGGGAGCUGAAGCCUUUUAAGCGUUAUGUGAAGAAGAAAGCCAAGCCCAAGAAAUGUGCCCGACGUUUCACUGACUACUGUGACCUCAACAAGGACAAGUCAAUCUCACUUCAGGAACUGAAAGGGUGCUUAGGAGUCAGCAAGGAAGGAGGUAGCCUGAGCAGUUUCCCCAGUGGAAAAAGACAAGGCCUUAACCCUUUCAUAGGUCGCCUGGUGUAGCAGCAGAAGACAGGAAGGGAAGGCAGGAGCCGACCCAAAGGAAACAAAGAUCCAGCAAUAGACGGACAGACACCUUGCUGCUUGCAAGCAAGCAUGCAGCAUCAGCAACAUCCAGCGUAGCAGAAGUGGCACCCAGAACGUUUGCACUUUUUAAUAAUUGGUUUGGGUUUGUUUUUAAUUGCUUUUCAAUGCCAUUAUCUAAUAUUUUGGAGAGUGGGGGGAAGCAGAAUCGUGUGUUUUUAAAAUUGGAACAGCUACUGAUGCCGUAAAAUUGAGUUCACUGGGACUCAAAGAAAGAAUUUUAUAUACUGUAUAUAAAUAUAUAUGUAAAUUGUACAGUUGUCUUGUACAGGGGUUGGAGUCACUGUUCCGUUCCUUCCUUUGCUUUUGAAGGCUGUUAGGGUUAGAGGGAGACUUUGCAUGUAAUGGAUUACAGUACUGCAUUCAUUUCUGCCACCAAACCAUCAUUCAGUUGCAAACCUUAACACCCACAUGCAAAAAGGAGCAAGUGUGUCAGCAUGGCAUGUGGUUACAGAUGUGCAUGAAGUGCCCAGGUACUAAGUGCUUCCUGGGAGCAGCUGAAUCCUUCUUUUCUUACUGUAAAGCCCUGUGCAACUCACAAGCAAUUGGGCUUUUGAGACAGCACAGAUUUCGCCUAAGUAUUGGUGUGCUGCUUAACAUAGGGAUAAAAAGGGGUUAUAUUAAGGACAUACAAAAGUAGUUUCUGCACCUGUUGCAAGAAGUGAAUUGCUAGUGCAUUACUAUCCAGGCUCAGAAGACAUGCUCAGCAAGGAUGUACCAUGCCUUGGGGUUCUAACACUGUAGGAGGAAGUAGGAGCCAUAGGCCUAGUAGAGUCAGUGGAGUGAAGUCUUGCAUCUUCCUCUGUCAAAGUAUUCAUCUGUAUCUUGUACAACAAUAAAAAUAUGCGAGGCCUGCUAAAAGCAGCAUUAGCUUUCCUGUUGCUUUGCUGACAGUGCAGAAAGACGCAAUCAUGCUGCUGGUCUCCAAGAGUCUGGUUUACUUAAUGUUUCAAUACUACAGCUUGGGCUAUGCUCAUUAGUGAAGACCUGUCUGCAAUGACUAUCCUUGUCUUUGGUGGUUAUGAAUCCCAAGCUCCUCUCCUGCAUAGUGGUGUGCCUGCCUAGCUUAGAAUGUCCACUUCAGCCUGUGCACUGUUACCAGUGCCUCCCAAGUUAUCACACCCCAGUGUCACAAAAAUAGUGAAGACUUGAAUUGAGGAGCCUGGUGUUCUGGGAAGCCACAGGGUCUAUUUCAACUACCAGCAGUUUUUCCAAAGUAGUUUCUUACUUAAUCUCAGAUACAAUUGUAAAGUCAGCAGUAAGACAGGGACACCGGUAUUGGCAGUCCUAGGUUUGGACAGAGUGUGAUGGGCCACAGUGUUUUAUUUUGUGCAUUUCCAACCACUGGCAGCACUUGCCUGUUCAUAAGAAAUGUUCUGAGCAGCCUCCCGCUUCAGGCCUAGUGGUCCUUGUGCCUCUCAUCUCUGUAAUCAGAGAUGAUGACAUGCCAUGCUAAUAUGAGAUCAUACCAACAAUUUCUUGUAAUAGCAUUGCAUUACUGUAGAGAGACUGGGCUUGUUCCUUGAGGUUUUGUUGCUUUGGUAAAAGAUGUUGUACCACAGCAUCUUCACUCUGGCAUGAUAUCAUGAUGAUAGCAUGACAUAAAUGCAUCACAGCAGGAGUGUCCUGAUGCAGUAAGUUAAUGCCUUGUUGACAAACCAGAAAGUUUAAAAAUCAGAAAAACUAAACAAAAAAUCUUUCAAUAAGUAACUACUUAGUGAUAGCUCUUCAUUUAGGAAGCAGAUUUGAGCUAAAUAAAGCAUUUGGCAUGGUUGAAAACACCUCUGGUAAUCUCUGAAGUAUAUAUCACAACAACAGACUAUAAAGAAGUUAUCUUCUUAGCAAGAGCAGAUCCUGCUGCUGGAUCUUCAUGGUUUCUCGCAUACAAUGUAUGUGCUCUCUUGGCCUAUAAGAUCCUAUCUUCUUGAUUGCAUCUUCUCCUUUUAAAUGCCCAGGGCACAUCUUUUGUUUGUUGAAAUGAUUUGGUUUAUUAUAUAGUUAGAAAUGCCAGCGUCACUCAUUAAUCCUAUUGUAGGAAUAAAGAAUGAAUCCAACUGUAAAACAAACAAUACAAAACCCUCUCCUUUUUUAAUAUGCUAGUUUGAAGAAUUAAAAGCUGUGGCUGCUG